AUGUACGUGGGCGAGCGCUUCUUCCGGACCGUCGAGAAGAACUGCUACGACAUCCCCACCCGGCUGGCCGAGAUGGACGCUGCCGGCACCGACGUCCAGGUCCUCAGCACCAUCCCCAUCCUCUUCUUCUACGAUCAGCCCUCGGAACCCGUCACGAUCCUCGCGCGCCACCUCAACGACCACAUCGCCGCCGUCUGUCGCGAUCACCCCGGCCGCUUCUUAGGCCUGGCUACCGUCCCGCUGCAGGAAGUUUCCGCCGCGGUAGCGGAGCUGCGGCGCGCAAAGCACUCACUCGGACUGCACGGGGUGGAAAUCGGCACGACAAUCGACGGGAUGCCGCUGGACGAUCCAGCGCUGCAUCCAUUCUGGGCGGCCUGCGAGGAGCUGCAGAUGCCGGUCUUCGUGCACCCGCUGGGGUACACGCUGCCGAAGGAGAACCCGCGGCGGUGGGCCAAGUACUGGAGUAGCUGGCUGAUCGGGAUGCCGUGCGAGACGGCGCUGGCGCUGCAUGUGCUAACGUGCUCGGGGACGCUGCUGAAAUUCCCGCGGCUGCGGCUGUGUUUCGCGCACGCGGGCGGCUCGUUCCCGACGCUGUUGGGGCGCAUCCAGCACGGGUACGACUGCCGGCCGGACUUGGUGGCCGGGGAUGCGGGCGGCGUCACGCCCACGGAACAUGCGACGGUGCGGGAGAAUAUCUGGAUCGACAGCCUCACGCACGACGUCGAGCUGCUGGAGUACUUGGUUAAGAAGGUCGGGGCGCACCGCAUGAUUAUGGGUAGUGACUAUCCGUUCCCGCUGGGCGAGGUGCCCGAGGCCGGCAAGAUGAUUGCGCGGGAUGCGCGGCUGGAGGCGUUUCUGUCGUGGAGGCAGCGCGCCGAGAUCCUGGCGGGCAAUGCGUUGCGGUUUCUAGGGUUGGAGAAGGAGGAGCGGUGGACGGGGCUGAUGGAGGAGAGGUGGCGGCUGUUCGAGAAGAUGUAUACCAAGUAG